CAAGCCACAGAAGAAGCACAAAGCACUAAAAUUUUCAAAGUACCCCUCUCCAAACCCAAAAUAUAACCGGAUGCACCUCAAUUUAUAUUAGGACAAACAAAAGGAUAAAGUGAGAUUUCAUGGUUUUUUUGGUCAAUUCACAUGAACCGGAAGCUCCUCUCGGUUCUCGCUUAUUAAUAGUAGUAAAGUAAUAUCUUCCUAACUAGUGUGAGUCAUCAUAAAUUCUCAUGCAAUUUUAAAUAUGGAAACCUUAAAAUUUUUAAAAAAUUACAAAUUGAUGUCAGAAUUUACACCCAGAGCCCGAAACGACAAAAUUUCAGAUCGGAUUUCAUCCCCAGCAAUUCUCAUAAACUAAUCAAAAAGCUCCCAACAAUUUAUAAUAGGUAAAUCUAUAAAACAAUACCUUAAAUUUAAAAAUAAUUGAAAAAUCUCUCUCACACAGACACACCAAGUAUUGUAGAGCAAAUCAGAGAGCUUUUUGGAAAAUCAAGAUUUAAAAAUGGGGCAAAAGAGUGGCGCUAAUGAUAAAGGUACAGAAGAAGAUGGCAUGUCCGUACAUUCCCCUUGUAAACCUUCUUCUUCCGCUCUUCGUAAGGAGCUAUCGCCGGUGGAUUUGGAGAUAAGGUUGUUGGAGGCUCUUGAAACCUAUCCUCUCUCCAAAUUAAGUGGCAUGCAUCGUCACUUUGUCCUUUACAGCUUAACAGAAUACCUGCAGAGAAGCUUCAACCGGCAAUUUACUCCUGAUGACGUGUUGCAGCUGCUGGAUCGCUUCUAUAACUUGGAAAUGAUGAAACCAGAUGAUGAGGAUGCAGAAAUCCUGAAUCAAGAGGAAGAUUUCUGCUUGCCACAAAGUUAUUUCUUGAAGGAAGAAUCUUGAAUGACAGAGUUUGGAAAUAAUGCAAGUUUUCGGCUGCAUCUAUGGCGUUUAUGUAUAGUAGUAAAGUAUAUAAGGCCUUUUUUUUUUUAUCUGUUAUGUCAUUUUCAGCAGAGUAAAACUUUUAGCGGAUCUCCUAAGUAGGCAGUCUAUUCUUACUAGAUAAUUUUUCCUGAUGAUAAUUGCUUUUUAAUUUCCCAUAGUAGCAUUUUUU